AUGAGGCCGAGCAGUGGAAGUGGCAUCGGCCGCCCGGACUCGAUGUCUAAGCCGCAAGUAAAUUCUGCGGCGAAUGAGAAGAUCGCUCUGUACUCUCUGAUCCUCUACAAGUGGAGUCCGGAGAAGCCGAUUCAGCUUGCUGCUGCGUUUGACCUCUCCAGUUUUCCCUUCUUUCAUCGAAGCACCAUGAAGGAACACAUUGUUUUUCACUCCAGGCUGAUUUGCGCCCGCACGCCUCUCGGCCGCAGGCAAGUUGUCGAAUUUGAACAGAACAUCGGCCACUGCCAUGUUUUCGUCCAUUCCUCGGGCCUUGCGGCGACGGUCUUGUCUACGUCAGCGUAUCCCAUGCGUGUAGCCUUUGGGCUCAUCACACAGGCUCUCCGGGGUUUUCAAGAUAUCUACGCAGGGCAGUGGGAGAAUAUCACAGAUGAUGUCAAGGAAGGGACGAUGUUCAACAAAGAAGGCACGGACCUGUUGAAGCUCUAUCAGAAUCCAGUGGAAGCCGACAAACUGCUCAAGGUUCAGAGAGACCUCGACGAGGUGAAAGAUGUUAUGCUGAAAAACAUCGACGACCUGCUGCAGAGAGGAGAGAAGCUGGAUGACCUCAUGCAACGAAGUGAAGACUUGUCGAAUACGUCAUACCAGUUUUAUCGACAGGCAAAGAAAAACAACCAGUGCUGUCAGCUCUACUAG